CCGGGAAUUGCACUGCCGGGGCUCGCGGUAGUGCCGCCCGUGACGGUGCCGUCAAUUUCAUCCUGUUCGUUUGGAAACGAAACUCCAAACUGUCAGAUUCCUGCACUCUGACUGAGCCCUGAGGAACUCAAUUAAAAUGAAAAAAAAAAAAAACAAAUCAAACAAAACAUCCAAGAAACCUCCACGAGUGCAAAGAUGUAACAUUAAAAGUGAAGAGAGUGUUGGGACUGGAGAUGCGGAGGACAGCUGGAAAAGGCUCGAACGCCGCUUUCCUGUGUGUCUGUAAUAGUCGUGUCUGGCACGGGAAGGCAGCUGCUUUAUUUCUGACGGGAUCUGUUUAAGAAGCACUCCAUAUUUUUAGUGAUUUUCACGAAACUGAAGAGGAAGCCAGCUUGGCUGCUGUGUUGCUGGAUGUGCUGCAGUGCAAGGAGGAGGGGAACGUGGCAGUAAUACUGCUUCAGGCAGGGCACAAAAUGAAGAUAAAGCAUCUGAAAGCAGUGGUGUUUGGGGGGACUGAGCCCAAGCAGGGAGAUCACUUUCAAAUCCAAGAUGAUGACAUCUUUUCCAGUGUAUUUUCUGAGAACUCUGAGAAGCUUAUCAAUGUACAUUUGUUUGCCCUGGCUGCUAAAUAUUAUUCUUUGUCCAACCUUGGAGUGUGCACCCCAUUAGAAGAUGUGCUUGAAGCACUGAAAGGAGACAGUGAAGGAGCAACAGGUAUCAAACCAGAUGAGUUUAUGAAUAAUAAGAAAUCACAUGAAGUGCAGGUGAUGUCAGAGCUGGUAGACAGCAUAGCAAAUUAUUGUGGGAUAAAGCAGGUGAUUGAUAUAGGUUCUGGGAAAGGCUACCUGAGUUCAUUUCUGUCCAUGCAAUAUAACUUAAAGGUUUAUGGCAUUGACUCCUCAAGCUCCAACACAAAUGGUGCUCAUGAAAGAAAUAGAAAAUUGAAGAAACACUGGAGAGCAUAUCAGAGUCGAGGAAAAGAAAGCCUCAAAAGCCAGAGUUUGGAAAUGGCAAAUGACAGGCCAGUGGAACAUGAACUUGAUUGUAAAAAAAUCAAUGAAGAUCUCUUAAAUAAUGCCAAUAGUCUUCAAAAUCAGGGCCAAGUGAUUAUCCAAGAUUCAGUUCCUUCUUGUGGUUUCACAGAAAUGACUGCACUCGAAACCAACACAGAAACUGAAGCUGAUUUAGUCAGUGGGACACAAUCUCAUGAGACCAAACUUUCUGAAGAGGUUCUUGCUGUUCUAAAUGUUCUUCCUGUUGAUGCUGUAGAAGAUUUUUCUUCAUCUCAUUGUAACUGUGGGGAACUCUGUGAAGAGGAAAAAGUACAAAGAAAAAUGACAUCUCUCAAGACUAAAGCAAGAAAGUCAAGUGAAUCGAACCUCUAUCUUCCACUGACCUCUUGCAUCACUGCAGAAACAGAACUCAGUGACAUCAUAACAGAUCUGGAGGACUGUAUGAUGGUGGGUCUACAUACAUGUGGAGAUCUUGCUGCAAAUACUCUACGAAUUUUUACUGCCAAGCCUGAAAUCAAAGCCGUUUGCAGUGUGGGCUGCUGCUACCAUCUGCUGUCAGAACAGUUUGAAAACCAAGAAGAAUGCCACGACCAAGUCUGGGGAUUUCCCAUGUGUCAGUACUUGAAGGACAAAGGCUGGUGCUGUGGUCGCAAUGCUCGGAUGUCAGCAUGCUUGGCUUUGGAGAGAGUUGCAGUUGGCCAAAUGCUGCCUACAGAAUCAUUGUUUUAUCGAGCUGUUCUUCAGGUUAUUAUAGAAGAAAUUUAUGGUGUCACCAAAAGUGAUCGACAUGUUGGAAAAACCUUCUCCAAAUCAUCCUCCUUCAUAGAUUAUGUCAGACGCUCUCUGAAAAAGCUGGAACUGGAUGAUUCAAAGCUCCCAGACAGCUGUAUAAUGGAUUACUAUGAAAAGUACAAGGACAGAAUGAAUGAGCUUGAAGCAUUUAAUAUGUUGAAGGUUGUUCUGGCUCCUUGCAUAGAAGUUUUGAUACUUCUGGAUCGUCUUUGCUACCUCAAGGAGCAGGAAAACAUUGCCUGGUCUGGACUUGUGAAGUUAUUUGAUCCUGUGAAGUCCCCGAGAUGCUAUGCAGUUAUUGCCCUGAAGAACCAGCCUUGUUCUUAAGUGGAAGCAAGUUGCAAAGAUAUUGGAAGUUCUGAACUGAUAGUGCUGUUUCCUCCCUUUUAUUCUGUUAUUUUUUAUUGAUUCCUCAAGUAAAAUGUUUGCUUUUCAGAUGCAGAAGAAAAAAGUGCAAUCCUUCUUUGAAUCUUCAGAAAUAAAUAUCUCCUUUAUAAGUA